GGCUCCUCUCCUAGACCCUGCAUCCUGAAAGCUGCGUACCUGACAGCCUGCGGUCUGGCUGCAGGGACACACCCAGGGGGAGGAGCUGCAAUCGUGUCUGGGGCCCCAGCCCAGGCUGGCCGGAGCUCCUGUUUCCGCUGCUGUGCUGCCUGCCCGGGGUACCAACAUGGCCCAGAAGCAUCCCGCCUGCACCCUGAAGCCUGAGUGUGUCCAGCAGCUGCUGGUUUGCUCCCAGGAGGCCAAGAAGUCAGCCUACUGCCCCUACAGUCACUUUCCCGUGGGGGCUGCCCUGCUCACCCAGGAGGGGAGAAUCUUCAAAGGGUGCAACAUAGAAAAUGCCUGCUACCCGCUGGGCAUCUGUGCUGAACGGACCGCUAUCCAGAAGGCCGUCUCAGAAGGGUACAAGGAUUUCAGGGCAAUUGCUAUCGCCAGUGACAUGCAAGAUGAUUUUAUCUCUCCAUGUGGGGCCUGCAGGCAAGUCAUGAGAGAGGUAAGACAUCCCUUUGCUCUUCCUUCGUCUUCCGCCAUGGUUGUGAGGCUUCCCCAGCCAUGUGGAACUUUUGGCACCAACUGGCCUGUGUACAUGACCAAGCCGGAUGGUACGUAUAUUGUCAUGACGGUCCAGGAGCUGCUGCCCUCCUCCUUUGGGCCCGAGGACCUGCAGAAGACCCAGUGACAGCCAGAGAAUGCCCACCACCUGUGACAGCCACCUGGAGAACUUCAUAAAGAUGUCUCACAGCCCUGGGGACACCUGCCCAGUGGGCCCCAGUGCUACAAGGGCUGGGCAAAGAUGAUGUUUCCCAAUUACACUCCAGCCUGAGUCAGCACCCCUCCUAGCAACCUGUCUUGUGACUUAGAACACCACCGCCCCACGCCCCGCCCCACCUUUCCUUUCUUUCCUGUGAGCCCUCUUUCAAAGCCCAGCCUAGUCUGGACUGCUUCCCCAUCAGCCUUCCCAAGGUUCUAUCCUGUUCCGAGCAACUUUUCUAAUUAUAAACAUCACAGAACAUCCUGG